CUAUAUAAUGCAUAUAUUUUUUAAACAAAUCACUUUGGGACAAAUGAAAAUAAACUUCAUCAUUGGCAAGUUAUAUUGAUCUGGCACAACAUGCGUUCUUGGAAAUAAGUAGUUUACUGAUAGUGUAAAUUGCUUGCCAUUGCCAGCCUACCAUUGUUAUUUUUGAUGUGCACCUCCCGGUAACAUAAUCGGGUCAGGGAUCAUUGUGAGCCCAAAGGGCGUUAUGGAGAAUGCCAGCUCUGUGGGGCUCUCGUAGUGUGGAUUGUCACCGGAGUGAUCACAGCCAUUGGUGCACUGCUUUGCUGAACUGGGCGCCACUAUCCCUAAGUCUGGAGGAGACUACUCAUAGUCAAGGAGGUCUUUGGGAGGACUUGCCGGGCUUCACAGCAUAUCCCCCUUCUUUACCUUGGGAAAGCUGAUUUUUUUGUAUGACAACAUUCCUGCUGUGAUGGUUGCCUGGGAAGCUGUGCAGAACAGGCUCCUGGAUCUCCUCUUCAACUAGGUCACCCUUGAUCCAGCGCUGUAUGUGGGGAUGCUGUGCAAGCUGUCCAUCGCAGAACCCCUGUGCCCAGUGUGAGAGGCCUCCAUGACAGAGGCCUGACAAGGAGGAAGCCCUAGCUGGAUUUGUCUCCCGCUUCAAUCUUGGGAAUGACUGAAGCCAAGUGCGUGACUGAAGCCUGCAUAAUUGAAGCAAGCCACACUUGCCUUGCUGCUUCCCCCUCAGGGAGCGGCCUCCCCCCGUCUGUCUACGUGAGUGCCUCAGAGAACUACAGCAUCAGAGGCCAUUAUUGCAAUUAUCUACCAGAAGAUCACCCAACAGUCAGAAACAAAAACAGUUCAGGCUGCCAUAAUCGGAAGCUACUGGCCUGGGGGCUUAUCAUCACUAUGGGCUUUGUGCAGAUCAGCAAAGGAGCCAUGUCUCCGUCUGUGCGCCUGCAGGAGAUGAUCAGGGUGAUCAGAGGAGCCCGUACACAGGGAGAGGAGCGUGGUGUGAUCCAGAGGGAGUGUGCUGCAAUCCGGGCGCAGUUCAGACAGGCUGACAAUGGGACGCGCUCUCACAAUCUGGCAAAGCUGCUGUAUGUGCACAUGCUGGGUUACCCCGCCCACUUCGGUCAGAUGGAGUGUGUGCGUCUGAUUGCCAGCCCUCGGUACAAUGAGAAGCGUGUUGGGUACCUGGGUGCCAUGAUGCUUCUAGACGAGAAGCAGGAUGCUAGCCUUCUCAUCACUAACUCCAUCAAGAAUGACCUGUCCCACAGCAGUCAGUAUGUCCAGUCUCUGGCUCUGUGUACUCUGGGCUGUAUGGGAUCAGCUGAGAUGUGUCGAGACCUGGCCCCAGAGAUCGACCGCCUCCUCAGAGCCUCUAACUCCUACAUCAAAAAGAAGGCUGCUCUUUGUGCGGUGCACAUUGUGAGGAAAGUACCAGAACUAGGAGAGCUGUUUACCCCUGCAUCUCGAUCCCUGCUCUCUGAAAAGAACCACGGGGUGUUACAUGGAGCUGUGGUUCUGAUCACUGAGCUGUGUGAGCGCAACCCAGAAACACUAGAGCAGUUUCGCAAGGCGGUGCCGGAGCUGGUCCAGAUAAUGAAAGGCCUGGUGAUGUCUGGUUACUCUCCAGAACACAACGUGGCUGGUAUCAGUGACCCCUUCCUACAGGUGCGCAUUCUUCGGUUGCUGAGGAUCCUGGGUCGUAAUAACGAAACAGCUAGUGAUGCCGUGAAUGACCUGCUGGCCCAGGUGGCCACGAACACAGACAGCAGUAAGACCGCAGGCAGUGCUGUGUUGUAUGAAACAGUUCUCACGGUCAUGGACAUCAAAUCGGAAAGUGGCUUGAGGGUCCUCGCUGUGAACAUCCUGGGGCGGUUUCUUCUGAACAACGAUAGGAACAUCCGGUACAUCUCAAUGACUUCCCUACAGAAGAUUGUUCAGACGGACCACAAUGCAGUGCAGCGUCACAGAGGGACCAUAGUGGACUGCCUGAAGGACCAGGAUGCUUCUGUCAAACGCCGGGCACUGGAGCUUUCUCUGGCCCUGGUGUCAGCCGUCAACAUCCGCUCUCUGAUGAAAGAGCUGCUCCUCUUCCUCUCCAGCUGUCCCCCAGAGCUCAGAGCACACACCACCUCGGGCAUCUUCAACGCUGCAGAGAGGUAUGCUCCCUCUCAGCGCUGGCACAUUGACACCAUCCUGCAUGUCCUCACCACGGCAGGGGGCGACGUGAGGGACGAGACGGUUCCCAACCUGAUCCAGCUCAUCACCACAGCCACAGAACUCCACUGCUACACGGUCCACAAGCUGUACAGAGCCCUGAUUACAGACAUCUCAGUGCAAUCCCUGGUACAGGUGGCAUGCUGGUGUAUUGGGGAGUAUGGAGACCUGCUUCUGAGAGGCGAGUGUGAGGAGACAGAACCUGUUCAGGUGGCAGAGGAUGACGUCCUGGACGCCUUGGAAACGGUUCUACAGUCGCAUAUGUCGUCGCCGGCAACCAGGGGCUUCGCUCUCACAGCGACAAUGAAACUCAGCACACGCAUAACACACAACGUGGAUCGCAUCAGGAGCAUCGUCAGCAUCUACGGCAGCUGCAUCGACGUGGAACUCCAGCAGAGGGCAGUGGAAUACAACGCUCUGUUUAAGAAAUACGACCACAUGAGGGCUGCCGUUCUGGAGAGAAUGCCAGUGAUUGACAAGAGCUCACCGGGACAUACCAAUGGAGAAUCAGCAGGGGGGUCUAUCAAAGAGAUGGAGCCAACCAAACGGACACAGGAAGUAGUAUUACCCCAGGAACCUGCUAACCAGGUGUGUGAUCUGUUGGACCUGCUAGGUGGUUCUGGGGAGCCUCCCCAGCCCAGCCCCGCCCUGUCCACCACAGCGCUAGGCCCUGUUAGCAGCACGGCUGGGGGAGACUUACUGGACCUGCUGGGAGGCCUGGACGUCACACCUGUGCCACCUAGUGUUAUAGUGUAUGAGAAGAAUGGCGUGACACUGAAACUACAGACUGACAGACAGACAGACACGGGCAUGACCAUUACCCUCACUGCCACCAACUCUACUGACAGGGAGAUCACCAGCCUCACCCUGCAAGCAGCAGUACCCAAGAGUGUCCAGUUACAGAUGAAGGCUCCGAGUGGUGACAUCAUCCCCGCACACGGCUUAGGUCAGGUGACCCAGACUGUGCUCCUCAACAACCCCAACAAGGUGAGUCUGAAAAUGAGGGUGCGCGUGUGCUACACCAGCCAGGACUUUGUCUGCCAGGACACGGUGCAGAUCGACUCAUUUCCCAGCCCCGCCUGGUAAUGACAUCUGAAAUCAACCUGUCCAUCAGACCAUGGAAGGAUCGGCAACCGACCAGGCCCAGGAGUGGGGAUCCAUUCUACCUGACAGCUGCCUGUCAAUCCAGAGGGUAUUCUCUGUCAAUCAACUAUUCUACAGUACAACCUGAAGUUUUUCCAAAUGACUCUUUAUUUUUCUAAAUAAAGAACUGUGGAAAAUGUCCCCCUACAGUUGGCAGGGAUUUAUGUAGAUAAACUCUUGAUACUGUCACCCUAAAAGCCAUUGUCACCAUGACCUUUUCAGCUUCUGAUUGGACUACUGGUAUUACAUUUCCCAUAGCAUAACCAACAGUAUUAAUGGCAGUAUCUUUGGUGUGUAUUUGGUGUCACAUCAACCAACAAUAGUAAUAUGCAGCUGUCUGCCUGGCCCCGUGGGACUUGUCCAAUCAGAAGAUAAAUCUAUCCUGAGAACUGUGCAACCAAGACUGUCCCCCUGAAAGACGUCUGUCGGGAUAGUCGUUUAAGAGAGUCCCUUGAAGUCUUGACCCGUGCAACCACGACAACUUUUCUUUCACUCCGGGACUACUUACCUACCUACUGUUGUGGCUCACUGUUACAGUUCCCUCUCGUCAAUCUGAGCCGUGUGAUUAGCAUCCACUAACACUACGCCUUAUCCAUACUUAAAGGUACAUGCCUUCCAUUGGUGUACUCUCCUCCUCCCUACCUCUAUUUACCAACUGCUCCUCUCUUCCCCUGUGCCUGUCACUCAGAACCCCUUUUGGAGCAGAGGUAUUAUCACCUGUGUGUAUAUAGACUUUAUUUUGAGGUGGGAGUUGCUGUUUUAUCUGUGAACGAUGUGUAGUACCGGGAAAGAGAAUUCAGUUUGUGUGCAUUGCCCUUGACAUUUGUAAUUAAAGGUUAUCAAAUCAAA